AUGGGGACACGGGCGCCGCAGGGCCUCCUCCUCCUUCUCUUGCUCCGGCUGCUGCUGCCACGCGGGACCUCAGCUGGGAGCCUGCAUAACCCAGGCCUGUCCGAGUGCUUCCAGGUGAAUGGCGCAGACUACCGCGGCCACCAGAACCGCACGGGCCCGCGCGGGGCUGGCCGCCCGUGCCUCUACUGGGACCAGACGCAGCAGCACAGCUACAGCAGCGCCAGCGACCCCCACGGCCGCUGGGGGCUGGGCGCGCACAACUUCUGCCGUAACCCAGAUGGUGAUGUGCAGCCAUGGUGCUACGUGGCCGAGACAGAGGAGGGCAUCUACUGGCGCUACUGCGAUAUCCCCACGUGUCAUAUGCCUGGGUACCUGGGCUGCUUCGUGGACUCCGGGGCACCCCCGGCCCUCAGCGGCCCCAGCGGCACCUCAACAAAGCUCACUGUCCAGGUGUGCCUUCGCUUCUGCCGCAUGAAGGGCCACCAGUUGGCGGGCGUGGAGGCUGGCUACGCCUGUUUCUGUGGCUCUGAAAGCGACCUGGCCCGGGGACGCCCGGCUCCGGCCACCGACUGUGACCAGAUAUGCUUUGGCCACCCGGGCCAGCUGUGCGGCGGUGAUGGGCGCCUGGGCAUCUACCAAGUGUCCGUGGGCUCCUGCCAGGGGAACUGGACUGCACCUCAAGGUGUCAUCUACUCCCCGGACUUCCCGGACGAGUACGGGCCGGACCGGAACUGUAGCUGGGCGCUGGGCCCCCCGGGCGCCGCGCUGGAGCUCACCUUCCGCCUCUUCGAGCUGGCGGACCAGCGCGACCAGCUGGAGCUGCGCGACGCCGCCUCGGGCAGCCUGCUCCGCGCCUUCGACGGCGCCCGCCCGCCGCCGCCGGGGCCGUUGCGCCUGCGCUCCGUCGCACUGCUGCUCACCUUCCGCAGCGACGCUCGCGGCCAUGCGCAGGGCUUCGCACUCACCUACCGCGGGCUGCAGGACGCCGACGACCCUGCGCCCCCCAAGGGCUCGGCCCAGACCCCUGCAGGGCCCCCCGACGGGGCCAACGUGAGCUGCAGCCCCCGGCCUGGAACUCCAGAGGCCGCGAUUGGGGCCCAGGUCUUCUUGACGGUGACGGCCGUCUCAGUGCUGCUGCUGCUGCUGCUGUCCCUGCUGCGCCUGCUGCGCGGACGGAGCUGCCUGCUGGCUCCGGGUAAAGGGCCCCCAGCGUUGGGGCCUUCCCGGGACCCCGCAAGAAGCUGGGCCGUUUGGUACCGCCGGCCUCGAGGGGUCGCCCUGCCCUGUCCUCCCGGGGACCCCCAGGUUGAGAGUCUAACCGCGAGUUACCGGCCAUUGAGCGCCUCCAGCCAGAGUUCCCUGCGCUCACUCUUCUCUGCUCUCUGA